AUGAAUCUCUUCCUUGUGAUGUCUCUUCUCUUUGGCUUGUUUUUUGGCCAAACAGCAUCACUGUGUGCUCCUUCGGAGUAUACAAUCCAUGUGGAGAAAAGGGAAUGUGCCUACUGCCUGGCCAUCAACACGACCAUCUGCGCUGGAUUUUGCAUGACUCGGGACAGCAAUGGCAAGAAGCUGCUACUCAAAAGUGCUCUGUCUCAGAACGUGUGCACAUACAAAGAGAUGUUGUAUCAAACAGCAUUGAUUCCAGGCUGUCCUCGUCACACCAUCCCUUACUAUUCCUACCCUGUAGCUGUGAGCUGCAAGUGUGGUAAAUGUAACACCGAUUACAGUGACUGUGUUCAUGAGAAGGUUAGGACAAACUAUUGCACUAAACCACAGAAGCUGUGUAACAUGUAAGCUUCCAACACAAUGUGGUCAAAAUGUACAUCUCCGCUCACACCUAAACAUAA